AUGCAACAGGCACACGGACUAACAUUCUGGAAGGCAGCUGUCACAAAUGAAACACAAUAUGUACAGGUAUCAGAGUUCAUCAUCACCGGCUUCAGCCAUCUUUCCAACCAGAUGUUCCUGGGAUUCAUAAUUCUCCUCACCUAUUUCCUCAUAUUACUCGGCAGUGGCACGAAUAUAUGCAUCAUCGCAUCAGACAGACGUCUGCAUACACCAAUGUACAUUUUAAUCUGCAACCUGGCCGUAGUGGACAUCAUGUUCACCACCAGUGCCAGCACAACAAUGAUUUCAGUUCUGCUUACUGAGGUGAAAACCAUCUCUUAUUAUUCCUGCAUCUCACGGAUGUAUGUGUACCACGUGGGGGACAUCAAUGGAUGCUUUGCACUGUUGUUAAUGGCUAUUGAUCGCAUGGUUGCCAUCAGUAACCCUUUAAGGUACCACAGCAUCCUCACAAACACACGCACGUUUGUGCUAAUCUUCCUGUGCUGGUUGUUGGCGACAGCAACAAUGGGCGUUUUGGCAGGUGUUGUCGACCGCCUUCCUUUUUGCCAGCCUUUUCUAAGAUAUGUGUUCUGCGAUUACCCCUGUAUGGUAAGGGCCGCCUGCGUUGACCCUGAAAGAUAUUUUCUCAUGCCCACAGUGAUUGGCAUUGCACUGUACGCCAUGUUCCCUUGUAUUCUUCUAACUUAUGCAAAGAUCAUCUACACAGUUCUGAGGCUGUCAAAUGUCAGCAACAAGAAGCAAAUGUUCAGCACUUGUACGAGUCACAUCAUAGUUGUGGCCAGUUACUACGUGCCCAAAUUCAUAACCACGUUAUUAACACGAAUUGGUCUUGUGCUGGAUCUGUCUCAGCGUAAUGCAUUGCUGAUUGCGGCAACAUUGAUUCCGUCCCUAAUUAACCCUAUGGUUUAUUGUCUCAGGACAAAAGAAAUUAAAAACAGACUGGUGAGCAUAGUAAAAACAGUGAGUGUAACACCACUAAAACUAAAAUGA